AUGAAUAUCAUUCAAAACGUUCAACAGCUCAAAGAGUUUCUGUCAGUUUACAACACUCUUACCGAACGUUGCUUUAACUUUUGCAUUCGGGACUACACGAAUCCAAAAUUAACAAACGAAGAGGAUUCGUGCGUGAAUCAAUGCAUUACUAAGCAAUUAUUGGUGAACCGUCGUUUUAUGCUAGUUUUUGGCGAUCAAGCUCCAAAAGUUCUUUUCAAACAAGGAGAACCAUCACCAACCGAGGCAGUUUUACAACCGCAAACUCCUGUAGCUGAUAAUCUGCAAUGA